ACACCCCCGCCUCGGCAGCACCGUACGUGAGGCGCUGCGGGACGUAAUGACGUAGGCAGGGGGUGGGGCUUGCCGGUUGCGACAUUUCCGUUUCUCUCAGUGGCGGUGGUGGUGUGCUUCGGAGAAGAGAGCAGCACGCAGAGGGAGCGGGACAAUGCCUAAAUCAAAGGAACUUGUGUCUUCAAGCUCAUCUGGCAGCGAUUCAGAUAGCGAAGUUGACAAAAAGGCAAAGAGGAAAAAGCAAGCGGCUCCAGAAAAGCCUGUAAAGAAACAAAAGACUGGUGAAAGUUCUAAAGGUGCAGCUUCCUCUAAGCAAAGCAGCAACAGAGAUGAGAAUAUGUUCCAGAUUGGCAAAAUGAGAUAUGUCAGUGUUCGUGACUUUAAAGGGAAAGUCCUAAUUGAUAUUAGAGAAUACUGGAUGGAUCAAGAAGGUGAAAUGAAACCUGGCAGAAAAGAGCUGGAAGAGAACCACCCAAAAAUGUUUUUGCUGCUGAACUCAGUGAAGUUAAACCCAUGGACUGAUGGAAAUGUCUUGGCAGUUUCACAGAUGUAGAGCUCAGAAAAUAACUUUUUUUUCCCCCUGGGGUUGAAGCUACUGCAGGUGUACAAACGACAUUAUCUAAAUCUUGACUAGUUUGUUCUAAUUUCAGAAACUGAUAGUGUGUAAAGGAAGUAGGAAAUCUAUCUUGAACAAUUAAUCCAGGUGGCAGAUGAAGACACUGUAUUCUAGAAAAUUUCUCAGUGCAGUUUCUCUCAUUUAUUUAGUCAGUUUACUGAAACUGAAAAAAACCCUUGUUUUGCCAUUACCUACUGUUGAUUUAGUACAUAUCACGCUAGAGCUUGGUUUCAAUUGAGGUUUUGUUACUUCAGCAGUUGGGAAAGCAGAGCCCAAGCAGUAACAUUCCAACAUGUUGGUUUUGGUAUAAUCCCAACAAAAUUUACUUGUACUGUAGUUUCGGGCUAGGAUUUUCAGUGGAGCCUAAUGACUUAAACACACACAUCCCAUUGAAAUUCUGUGGGAAUUAAGUGUCUACCUCCAUAAGCCCCUUUGUAAAUCCAACAUGACUAAACAAAUGUUGACUAAAUCAGAAAUGUAAGUCACUAAAUUUGACUACCAUAAACUCUCUGAAGAAGUUUGUUUGGUAAAGUAAGUUGCUGCUUGAACAAGCCAUGUAUGUUACUAAGGCCAUGUCUAUAUGUAUAGCGCUACAGCGACGCAGUUGUACCAAUACAGCUGCAGCGCCUCUGGUGAAGACGCUCUGUGCCAAUGGGAGAAUGCUUUCCUGUCACCAUAAAAAACCCACCUCCAUGAGCGGCAUAAAUUGUGUUGGCGGGAGAUGUUCUUCCGCCGACAAAGCGCUGUGCAUGUGAAUGCUUAUGUUGGUGUAAUUUACGCCGAUCGGGGAUGUAAUAUUCACACCCCUGAGUGGUAUAAGUUUUGUCGAUAUAGGGUGUAGUGUAGACGUAAUUUUUUUAGGUAAGUGAUAUUUAGGCAAUGUGGCCAACACUAAUACUACAUCAAUAGAUGACUGUCUUCUCUGUUAUCAACCGUGUGAUGUUUCCUUUUGGAAACUAAACUAAAAUCUAAUCUUAAAAUGAGUAUUGUCUUUAAAUUGCUUUGACUGAAAUCAGCACACUUUGAAAACCAUGCUAGAUUAGAAUAUUUGAUGUUUUGUUGGUUUGUUCAUCUAGAAAUGAAGUUGGUGACUAUGGUAAGACUUUUGAGACAGCUUCAGAAAUCAAUUUGUAUGUUUUCUGACUGAAAGGGCUUAAUGCUGUUUGUGAUGGUAUUUUUUCCAGUUCAAAAUUAAAUAUUCAAUUUCAGUAAAGUGGUCAAGAUUUCUUGAAAAAACAAACUUGUCUUCUCUGAAAACUUGAUAAAAUUAUGUGACAGCAUGUUCAGACUAGCUGGUGUCCAAAACAUGAAAGAAUGUAGGAAAAGUUUUUUCCCCUCUAGAUUAAAGUUCACAGGUGGCUGACAACAGCCGUACUUAUGUUUAAUAUUCUCAAAUAAUAAAAAUAUUCGGUACCAAAAAAGUCCUGAUCCUGUUUUCCUUGGGUCCUGUUACAGGUGUUUUACUAAAGUGUGUCUAGAUUGCUCUUUGAAUGAAUGGAGACACAAUUAAAUAAAUCCUUAAAUAAACAAUGGGUUAAAAGUUUAAGGAACAUGCAUAGAGGCAUGAGUAAGAUUGGUGCAUGAGAAGAUAUAGAUAAAUGUCAUACUAUUUUGUGUGGUGGGAGAGAAGAAUGGCGAUCAAUUCUGUAACCAGACAAGGUGCAGCACAGUGCUUUCGAUGCUGCUUCAAAAAGGUUUACAUGCUUAACGUACAGAAUUUAGUUUUAACAAAGAAGAUUAAAAGGUGACUUUAAGGAAUGGGGAGCAAGUAUUUAAUAAUUGGCUCAUCAGUCUAGCAGAGAAGAGUGUAACACAAUCUAGUGGCUAGAGGUUGAAGCUAGCCAAUUUCAGACUGGAGAUAAGUCUCUUAAAUUUUUAACAGUGGAGGUAAUUAACCAUUGGAACAGUUUAUCAGUGGUCAUAGUGGUUUCUCCAUCACUGACAAUUUUGAAAUCAAAAUUAGCUUUUUAGAAAACAUCUAUGCUCUAGGAAUUUUGCAAAAGUUCACUGGGUCCUGUUGUACAGGACGUCAAGCUAGUUGAUCGCUAUAGUCCUGUCUGGCCGUGGAAUCAGUGAAUCUAAGAACGUGUGUGUGCAAACUCAAUCCACAAACACAUGGCUUUUAUCACACUAAAGAAAGAAGCCUGGGCCUCUCCAGCUCAUCCAGAAUUCUAGUGCAGCCUGCCAUCAGAGCCACUGCUACAUUCACAUAACACAUGGGAUGGGUUUCUACAAAGAUGCUGCACUACAGUUUGUAUCUUCUUCCCACAUCCAAACAGAAUCCAUAAGCAGACUAACCUCUUGUUUAGCCUGAAGUUAAAUAUAAAUAUUCCAGUGAAUAGUCAUAAAUGAAUAAUUACAUUAACUAAAAUAUCUAACACUCACUACAGCUAACACUUUUACAGUUAUGAAAAUAUUGAUCUCAUAGUAAGGUUGUUUUGGUUCAGAGAUUGUUACAGUUGUACAAAAUCUUCAUCUUAGUUUUCAUACUGCACUAAGGAUUUGUGUUUAAUGCAUUUCAGGUAUUUCUUUAAAUCCAGAACAGUGGAGCCAGCUGAAGGAACAGAUUUCCGAUAUUGAUGAUGCAGUAAGAAAACUGUAAAAACAGCCAUACAGAAACUUUUACUGUUUUAGUUGUUUUAAGCAGUCUUUUUACACAUUGGCUUUUGUUUUCUAAAAUACUUGUUUUCCAAGCUAUUGUAUAUUUGGAUUGCAAAACAAUUUGUAAGAUGAAUACUUUUUUUUUAUGUGCAUUAAAAGUGUAUUCUAAGUGAG